GCGCGGCGUUCACAGAACGGUUCUGAGGCGGGCGUUAGCGCAGAGGCCGUUGGACCGGCUGGCGGAACCGUCCCUGUGCUGCUCCCGCCAUGGACUACCGGCGGUUGCUGAUGAGUCGGGUGGUCCCCGGGCAGUUUGACGACGCGGACUCCUCGGACAGUGAAAACAUUGACUUGAAUGCCGUCAAAGAGGAAGGUGAUGUCGUAUUUGAAGACCUUCAGAGUAACGCCAAUGAGAAGAUGGGUGAGAGUGAGCCGGAAGAGGAGGAGGACGGGGAUUAUGACGAUGACGAUGACUGGGCCUGGGGCGAUGGAGUCGGAAAGCUCACCCGGUGUUUCGCUUCAGGUGGAGGGAGUAACCCUCAGGCCAAUAGACAGACUCCCAGCUUCAAUGCCGCCAAAAUGUCUACUCCAGCAGACAAAGUUUUACGGAAAUUUGAGAAUAAAAUUAAUCUAGAUAAGCUAAAUGUUACUGAUUCUGUAAUAAACAAAGUCACUGAAAAGUCUCGACAAAAGGAAGCAGAUAUGUAUCGCAUCAAAGAUAAGGCGGACAGAGCAACGGUAGAACAGGUGUUGGACCCCAGAACACGAAUGAUCCUGUUCAAGAUGCUGACGAGGGGAGUCAUAGCAGAGAUCAAUGGCUGCAUCAGCACCGGAAAAGAGGCUAAUGUAUAUCAUGCUCGCACAGCAAAUGGAGAGAGCAGAGCAAUCAAAAUUUACAAAACUUCAAUUCUGGUGUUCAAAGACCGGGAUAAGUAUGUCAGUGGGGAAUUCAGAUUUCGCCAUGGCUACUGUAAAGGCAACCCCAGAAAAAUGGUGAAAACGUGGGCAGAGAAGGAAAUGAGGAACUUAAUCAGGCUAAACACAGCAGAGGUUCCGUGCCCAGAACCCAUCCUGCUGCGAAGUCACGUUCUUGUCAUGGGUUUCAUCGGCAAAGACGACAUGCCAGCGCCGCUCUUGAAAAACGUCCAGUUAUCAGAGUCCAAGGCUCGGGAGUUGUACAUGCAAGUGAUCGAGUACAUGAGGAGAAUGUACCAGGACGCCAGGCUGGUGCACGCGGACCUCAGUGAAUUCAACAUGCUGUACCAUGGCGGAGGUGUGCACAUCAUCGAUGUUUCUCAGUCCGUGGAGCACGACCACCCUCAUGCCUUAGAGUUCUUGAGAAAGGACUGCGCCAACGUCAAUGAUUUCUUUCUGAAGCGUGGCGUUGCUGUGAUGACUGUGCGGGAGCUCUUUGAAUUUGUCACGGAUCCAUCAAUUACAUUUGAGAACAUGGAUGCGUAUCUCUCAAAGGCCAUGGAAAUAGCAUCUCAAAGGACCAAGGAAGAAAGGUCCAGCCAAGAUCAUGUGGAUGAAGAGGUGUUCAAGCGAGCUUACAUUCCUAGAACCUUGACUGAAGUGAAAAACUACGAGAGGGAUAUGGAUAUAAUGAUGAAACUGAAGGAAGAGGACAUGGCCAUGAACGCCCAGCAGGACAACAUUCUAUACCAAACUGUCACGGGACUGAAGAAAGAUCUGUCGGGCGUUCAGAAGGUCCCUGCACUCCUGGAAAGCCAGGUUCAGGAAGAGACUGGUUCUGAUUCAGAAGAUGCAGGGAGCUUGGAGUGCUCUGACACAGACUCUGAAGAGCAGGGGGAUCACGCCGGCUCCAGGAAGCCUCCUGCCGACCUUGAAGUUGAUAGAAAGGAAAGAAAAAAGAUGGUCAAGGAAGCCCAGAGAGAGAAAAGAAAAAACAAAAUUCCUAAACACGUGAAAAAAAGAAAGGAGAAGGCAGCCAAGAUGAAAAGGGGCAAAUAGAACCAGAACCGUAUCAUGUACAGUAAUUUUCCAUCAGUUACGUUUCACACCUGUGCACUGAGCUGCCUCUGGAGGACGGGUUAUUGAUUUUAACCAAAUGGUUUUUACUGCAGUGUCCCUGAGGACCAGUUUUCAUGUAAUUAUGUAAACAGCUCUGAGCUCUGUUGUCUAGGUCCAUUCCCUAGCUCUGUGUAGUAUUGAUAGAGGAUUUAUUUAAGCCACUAUUUUAAUGAACUUUAUACAAUUUUAUUUUUGUAUAUUUUUAUCUUUUGCAAUGUUGCUUUUAAAGCAUUGUAAUUAUUUUAACAUAUUGAGCAUUCCCGCCCUUUGUGUAAGUGUAACGGCACUUUGGACAAACUUAGGCAAGUUGUUUUUGCUUUGUUUGUACCAAAGACACACCUGGGAUUAUUGGACUAUAAGGCCAUAGUUUCUACGAAAGGGAGAUUUACCGAUACAGAGAAUUCAGUUGGCUGUUGAUAUCAUCGUUCAUUGCAGCUUCAUUCUAUGUGUGCUGAUAAUUAUUUAUAGUGUACUUACUCUUCGUCUUUACUAUUCUUCUCUGAGCUGGUACCUCCCAGUUCAUAAGCUAUUUCACAUUCAAAUAUGUGUCCUAUUCAUUCAUUCAUUCAUUCAUCAGUAGUUGGGUGUUUUAGGUAUGGGAGACACAGCAGUAAGUCAAAGGCAAGUUCCAUGGAUAAUCCUAGUUUUCCUUAAGUUGAAGCUUGCACUGGCUUGGAUCCGUGGGUUACUGAGGGACAAGCAGGGUCAGCUGCGUAAAGCAGCCAGAAGUUACUGCCUUCAGGUAGUUUGCAUUUUCAUAGGAAGACAGUGUAUCAGCCUCAUAAGUUCUAUGGAAGAACUAGCACUGCUUGGGGCAGUGGAGGGAUGCACGUUUAGAAGAGGCCAUAUUUGGGCAAAUACUUGAAGGCUGUGAGUUGUGUGCCUGUCGGGAGAGAAUAAUGGUCCAGGCAAAGCAGACAGCAAGUGCAAAGGCCCUGAAGCAGAAGUGUGCCU